AUGCUCAACGUGCUCGCCUUCAAGGCUGCGAGCGAGACGCGGGUAAGCGGGCAAGGGGCGAUGGCCUCCUGCGCAGUCGACAAGAUCGCGUACCGCGUGGAGCACCAGUCGGACCUGCGCGGCAUCACCAAGAUAGAGGUAGAGGUGACGCCGUGGCGCCCGUUUGCAGAGAUCGAAGUGAGUUUUGCGGAUGACAACCCGCACACGGCCGAGGCGGCGCCCAUACGAGUCACUGGCACCCAAGGCGCGUGGCUCAUCCCAGAUGACGGAGUGAGUCAGGCUGGUCAGCGCUUUGUGGGUGAAACCGAGCCAGCCAGCGCCGGCGCCACCUCCGCCAAGCUCGUGUUCCAGCUCGAGGACCUCCACAUCGAAGGCACUGGCGCCUUCCACUUUUGGGGCGAGGGCAGCUUGCACACGGUGGCGGGGAUCAGCUGCACGGUUCCCGGCGGCGCGGCGCCGGGACUGCGAGUCGACGUGUCGGACGGGAUGGACUACUCCAAGGAGGAGUUUGUCGCCUUCUACGGCGGGACGGCCGAGCUCGCUGGCGGCCAUCGCCAGCCGACGGUGGAAAUUGCGAGACUGGUUGGCAGCGACGAGGACGACGCCGACGAGGCGCUCGAGUCGCGCGACGCGGAGCACGAGGCGUGGCGGCGGGCGAGGCGGCGAGCCAGACUAGCGGACCCUCGAGCCAGCCCGGAGCCGGCGCCCCUCCGCUCGUACCCCUUCUCGUGCGGCUGCCUUGCGGGGCAAGCCGUGAGGAGGGGCCCCGGCGCGAGAGAGGGCGAGAGCGAGGUGAGUCUCGGCAUCUCCGUCGUCUCUGGCGGACAGAGCGACGCCGGGCCCGGGAGCACGGCGUCAACCCCGCCGAGCAGAAGCUCGCAGGAGCAGCGGAGCUCGCGCCUCGGCGAGCAGGAGCACGCCGACAAGAAGCGCGGCGACAAGCGCGGCGACAAGGAGCGCCUCGUCAAGGCGCUGGCGGCCGAGUCCAUGCUGCGCGCCAUGGCGGCGCCUCCCAGGGCCAAGGCAUCGCGGCCGCAGCGGUGCGACGACCCUCGCAGCGACGGCAGGCCCGGCGCCACCCUGGACAGCCCCUCCUCGGACAGCUCUUCCUCGGACAGCCCCUCGGACCGUCCGCUCGACGAGUCGUACAUGGCCACGCGACUCGCGCAGUCAAUGGCAGAGUCGGACGUGUCUGCGCCGAGCGCUCGCCCCUCUCGCAGCCUCGACCUGGACAGCGCCCCGGCCGCGGCCGCCCUCUCUACCUCGAUGAUGUCGCUUGGAGGGCGCCGGCUUUAG